UGGCCCUGUUUCUGGCAGAGAGGAAGCCUUCUUUGUCCCCACCCUCCUUCCGGGUCGGAGACUCAACUCUAAUGGAGAACUUUCCAGUGCCUGAGCCCUGGGAUGUUCAGCUGGAAGAACGAAGGGUCGUCACUGCCGCCCAGCCCCUGCUGGCGUCUCCCUCUGCCCAGCAGGGAACGAUGGUGAGGUGCCUGGUCCCCCGUCUGCCUGCCCUCCCUGUCUGCCUCGCCGUGGUCCAGCUGCUCACCCCCUGCUCAGCUCAGUCUGCUGUGGUUGGACCCCCCAAGCCCACCCUGGCCAUGGUGGGUGAAGACGCUGAGCUUCCCUGUCACCUGUCCCCGGAGAUGAGCGCUGAGACCAUGGAGCUGAUGUGGGUGCGAUCCAGCCCCAGGCAGGUAGUGCACACGUACGCACACGGGCAGGAGGACACGCCGGCAGCAGAGUACCGAGGGAGAACUUCGAUGUUAAGACAGGACAUCACUGCGGGGAAGGCUGCUCUGCAGAUUCGAGAUGUCAGAGUCUCUGACAGAGGAACCUACCUGUGUUAUUUCCGAGAUGGAGACUUCUUUGAAAAUGCCCUGGUGGAGCUGAAGGUUGCAGUGCUGGGCUCUGAUCCUCACGUUGAAAAGAAAGGUUACGGGGCUGGAGGGAUCCGUGUGGAGUGCACGUCUGCCGGCUGGUACCCGCAGCCCCAGAUCCAGUGGAGAGACGCCAGGGGACGCAGCUUGUCUGCUGAGGUGGCCACAGAGGCUGCAGACCCCCAGGGCCUUUAUGCAGCCUCAGCCUCUCUGAUCCUGGAAGGCGGCUCUGGGGAGGGGGUCUCCUGUGUCAUCAGAAACCUCCUGGUGGGCCAGGAGAGGUCAUCAGCCAUGGUUUCCAUUGCAGGCCCCUUCUUCCGGAACGCGCAGCCCUGGGUGGUGGCCCUGGGCGUGACCCUGCCGGCUCUGCUGGGGCUCCUGGCCGGGGCGGGCUACUUCCUGUGGCGACAGCAGAAGAGGAUCCAGGCCCUGUCCCAGGAGAAGGAGAGGGAGCGAGCGGAGAAAGCAGCAGCUCAGGCGGAGGGGCUGCAGGAACGAGUCGCCAAAGAGAGGCUGCAGGAUGAACUCAGGUGGACAAAGACCUGGUGCCUAGCACGUGAGGAGCGGUCUCAGGCCUAUGCAGAGUUGAAGACGGCCCUCUUCCAGCCUGCGGAUGUGUUUCUGGACCCAGACACCGCCCACUCCACCCUCCAUGUUUCUGAGGACCAGCGGAGCCUGCAGCGGGCAGAGACAGGGCAGAACGUGCCAGGCAACCCCGAGAGAUUUGUGUGGUAUUGCAGUGUUCUGGGCUCUGAGCGCUUCACGUCAGGGAGACAUUUCUGGGAGGUGCAGGUGGGGGACAGGGGAGAGUGGCUUGUUGGGAUGUGCAGGGAGAACGUGGAGCGGAAAUGCUGGGUUAAAAUGUCACCCCAGAAUGGAUUCUGGGUCAUGAGGCUGUCUCAUGAGAAUGACUAUUGGGCUCACACAGACCCUGAAACCAAACUGACAGUUCUCAGCCCCCCUGAGAGGGUGGGGGUUUUCCUGGACUAUGAGGUGGGGCAGGUCUCGUUCUACAAUGCCCUCGACGGGUCUCACAUCUUCACCUUCCCACACACCCGCUUCUCUGGGCCUCUGAGGCCUGUUCUUAAGAUUUUGGAUAUGAAAUCCACUCCUUUGACCAUUUGCCCAGCACAGAAAACAGUGGGGAGAUCCCUUCUGCCUGACCCAGGGCCUGACCCUUCCCUGGGGACCCCAGUGUCCCCGGGCUCAGCUGGUGGGAAUGGGGACCCUCAGGUUGAAGAAAUGUCUCUGCUUCUGGCUUCCCCGCCUGGGGCUGAGGGCCCGUGAACAGCAAACCUCUCAGCGGGGAAAUACUCACUGAAACCACGCUGAGUGACGGACGUCACUGACACUCCCUCAGUUCCCUCACGACAAGCAGAGACAAGGGGCAGGCCGUGAGGUCACAAGCCACCGGUGACGGAGCUGCCCUCGAACGGCAGCAGCUGACACUCACAGGUGACGUCCCAUGUCCUGGAGUCGUGCGAGAGGCUUCGUGGGAACCUCGCUGACCCUCGCAACAGCCCUGGGAGGCAGCCGCAUUUUGAAAGGGUGAAAACUGAGAUGGGGCCAAGUUCACUAACACGAUUCGUGCCAAGUUCAGUCACCUGAGAGAUAGGUGGCCUCUGCCCCUCCCUCUGCCUCUCGUCUGUCCCUCUGCAGCAGCUGAGUGUCCCUGCUGGGCAGGGUCACAGAGCCCUGGUCACCCCUGAGGGUCCCUUCCCAGGGCACCAAGGGUAAAGGUCACGUCAUCAUCACUGUGAUUGUUCACCGUGUGUCCCCUCCACUAGCAUAUGGUUGUCAUGUGUCACUUGUUAAAUGAAUUUGUCAGUAAUCACUGUAGCUGGUGUGGCUCAGUGGAUUGAGUGCCAACUUGUGAACCAAAGGGUCACAGGUUCAAUUCCCAGUCAGGGCACAUGCCUGGGUUGUUGGCCAGGUCUCCAGUGGGGG